AUGAAUACUUAUAAAAUUUCAAGUACAGAUAAUUUUAAAUUUAAAUCUUUUUCACCUUCAUCAACCUCUAUAACUACAAUACAAUCAUCACCAACAAUAAUAAAUUCAAAUAUUUCAGAAAAACAAGAAAAACCAAUAAAAACUGAAGAAACAGUUGCAUCAUUAAUAAAAAAACAAUUAAAUAUGAAUAAUAAUAAUAAUAAUAAAAAUAAUAAUAAUAAAAAUAAUAAUGAUGAUAAUAAAAUUAUAACAAUUGAAAAUAAUAAAAUAAAUCCAAUAAAUAAUGAUAUAAAUAAUAAUAAUAAUAAUAAUAAUAAUAAAAAUAAAGAGAUUGAAAAUAAAAAAAUAUUUUAUAAAGGUACAUUAAUACCUGAUAGUAUUAUAUUAGAAGGUGUUUUACAACCACCAGGUUUCGAUUUUUCAAAUAUUAAAGGUAAAGCAAUUCAAAAAUCAAAUAAUUUAUUAUCAUCAAUACCAAAUCCAUCAUUAUCAUUAUCAUCAUUAACAACUACAACUACAACUACUACAACCACUACAACAACUACAACUACAACAACAACUAGAACAACAAAUACAUUAAAUGAUAAUAUUAAUGACGAAAAAGAAUCAAUACCAUUUUUUUCUGGUAAUCCAAAUAUUGAAGUUGUUGAAGGUGUUAUUCAUUUAUUUAUAAAUACAACAAUUGAAAAAAAUUUAACUUCAUCAUUAUGUCAAUUACCAAAUUCUAGAACAAAUUUAAUUUGUAUUGAAUCAAUACCAUCAUAUAUGUCAAUACCAGAUUUAAUUGGAUUUUUUCAUUCAUCAUGUGAUUUUAUAAUUGAUAUGAAAAUUAUUAGAGAUUCAUCACCAAAUAAAUAUAUGGUACUAUUAAGAUUAAAAGAUCAAAUAUCAGCCGAUGAAUUUUAUCAAUUAUUUAAUGGAAAGAAUUUUUCAUCAUUUGAACCAGAAACAUGUUGUUUAUUAUUUAUAUCAAAGGUUGAAUUUCAAGCUAUUUCACCAAAUUAUCAUUUAUUUCAACCAAAACAACAACAACAACAACAACAACAACAACAACAACAACAACAACAACAACAACAACAACAACAACAACAACAACAACAACAACAACAACAACAACAACAAAUUCAAACACCAAUUAAUUCAAUUGAAUUACCAAAUUGUCCAGUUUGUUUAGAUAGAUUAGAUUCAAAUUCAUCUGGUAUAGUUACAGUUUUAUGUCAUCAUUCAUUUCAUUGUGAUUGUUUAAGUAAAUGGAAAGGUGAUAAUACUUGUCCAGUUUGUAGAUAUGUUCAAGUACCAAUUGUAGAGUCAAAAAGUGUUUGUUCAACUUGUCAAUCGACUGAAUCAUUAUGGAUUUGUAUUAUUUGUGGUCAAGUUGGUUGUUCACGUUAUGUAAAUAGUCAUGCAAAUCAACAUUACCAAGAAACAAUGCAUACAUUUGCAUUGGAACUAGAGACACAACGUGUUUGGGAUUAUGCUGGUGAUGGUUAUGUUCAUCGUUUAAUUCAAAAUAGAACCGAUGGUAAAGUUAUGGAAUUUCCAAAUCCUCAUCAAAGUUCUGACACUCGUGAUGGUUCUCAUUUAAAAGAGGAGAAAAUCGAAUCAAUCGUAAUGGAAUAUAAUUUCCUUCUCACUAGUCAAUUGGAACAACAACGUGCUUACUUUGAACAACUAAUUAAUAAAAUUGAAAAAGAACAUUCCUAUCGUAUCAAUCAAUUAAAAGAAGAUAUCGAAAAAAAUAAUUCAAAAUGGCAAUUAAAACUAUUGAAACAAAAACAAAAAGGUGAUGAUGGUGGUAAAGAAACUACAUUUUUAAAACAAAUUAAUUCUGCUUUAAAAGAAAAUCAAGAGAAAUUUAAACAAACUGAGGAAGAAAAAGAUAAAACCAUUGAAAAUUUAUCUGAAGAAUUAAGAGAUCUUAGAUUCUUUAUUGAAGCUCAAAAAACUUUAUCUGAAAAUCAUGAAAUGAAAGAUGCAACUAUAGUUUUACCACCACCUCCAACAAUUUCACCAACAAAUCAACCAAAUAAUAAUUUAAAUAAAAAAUUUAAAAAAAAGAAAUAA